AUGGAUCGAAUUGAUACAACCAAGCGAAAGCCCAGACGCACUCACGGCACACCAUCGUAUACCUACCGGAAUCGCUUUGCCUACGCUCUGUUAGCAGCUGGAGCUGUAUGCUUUGGAAUUUGGAGCUUAACGCCCAUGCAGCGCUUGUCAAACGAAAAGCUGUGUAAAAAACUACUGACUCCAUCGGAGCAGGAAAUUGACAGGAAAGGACUGUUUGAGUUUGGUGCACCGCGUCCCGGAAAGUUUAUUAGAGAAGCCAUCGAGGAGGCUGAGAAUCUAAGGACAGAACGCUAA